UUCACAAAGAGAACUUGAAAACCCAAUCUAGGAAUCAAAGAGGACGAAACCUAUUUGCUAAGUCAAUUUAUAUCAAUCAAUAUUUUGACAAUGUCAUCCUAAUGUUUCAAAAGAGAUGUUUAUUUAUAUCUUGCUGUUCCUUAAUUAUAUGUCCAGAGAAUCAUUUUCUGUAACUAUAUUUUCUAAAGGAACUCUUCCUCUAGACAAAAGCUCUGUUGCCCUGCAAUUUUACUUUAAAGUCAUGAACGAAAAUCAUGCGCCAUGUUGGGUAGGCACUAGGUUUAAGAGGUGUUGUUCCGUUGAAAAAGAUCAGGAUUGCAAUUCUAUGUUUCUGUUUGGCAACCACGUGCAAAAAAUUAUGCCCGGAGGCCAGGAAACUUUAGUAUUCGUGUAUCCCUCUGUAUUUCAUCAUGAUAAGAGGGGUGUUUGUUAUAUUAAAGUGACGUGUAAGUGCGGAUAUAAAACCAAAACAAAAAUAUUGGAAAUUCCUUUUGAUACAAGAAUUACAAAAUUAAGAAGAAAAUCGCGAGAGUUAAAAAGUUAUAUUGGACAAAAAAUAAUAAGAAAUUGUGAUUCUAUUGAUGAAGAUGCUUUGGAUGACUGUUCCCCGGUAGAUUGCGGAGUGAAAUAUAUGGACGAGAAACCUUUUUAUGAUAAAAAUGUGAACAAAUGUGUCAGAGCAGCAAUAUGUAUUGGUGAUCUCAAAAAUGAUUUACCGACGUUAGUCUAUCUACCGACAGUCAAUUUAUGUAGAGAUUUAGAGCACCCGAUAGAAAUUCAGGACAUAUAUGCCAUCAACAAUGGUAUGAGUGUAGUUACCGACAUAUCGAAAGUUGCUCCAGAUUUAAAAGCAGAAAUAGAGUCAAACUGUUCAACUCUGUCCCAAAAAUUAAGUCUCCUUGAGGACAUAUUACAGGGAAAAAUGAAUCCUAAUCCGAAAGGAGUCAAAGUAGAUUACAGCAGCACGUGCAAAAAUACAAUACUAUCUAUACUAGGUUAUAUUAUAUGCUUAUGUUCACUUAUUGUGGCCUUCGCCUGCUGCAUGUAUAGCUUGAAAUGGAUGCACAUGAAAUGGCAAAAUGGCGAUUUAGAAGAUAAGUGGAGGAAUAUGAAGGAAACAAUUCAUAAAAACUGUUCAGGAAAGAAACAGAAUAAAUGUGGAGUUGGUCGGAGUACCCCUCGAGCUUUCCCUCGGCCUACAGAUGGAAAUGAUGUCAAAGAUGAGUUGCUCCGUGAUGUUAUCAAUUCUAGUAUACCAUUGGAAUUGAGGAAUAGCGUGAUUGACGUGUGUGGCAGGAUUAGAAGAGAGGUGAAAUGGAAGAAGAGGUAUCGAGUAGCACAGACGGGAGCACCGUUCGAGUGCGACGGAGAUGGAACUGUAUCAAGUGCGUCGUCGGCUGAUUCGCUGAGAGCCAAUACAAGUGUCACUAGUGAAGACGAAAAAUUGUUGGAAUAAUCUGUGAAUAUAAGUAAAUAAA